AAACAUUAGGUAUUUCUAGUGGUACUCUGUAGGUGUUUGAAUGCUAUGUGGUCAGCAGGCACAUGAGGAUACAGUCUAGCUCUAGAUGGUGUCCAGCUACAGAAAGAAAAGGGGGUAGCGUUUUGCUCCCAGUACCUGAGGAAAGCUGCUUCAAGGGCAUAGGAGUCACACACAGAGCACAGAGGCAGCACACACACAGAGAGAGCUCAGCUCUGGUCCAGAGGAAUUCCACUGGGAGAAACCAAAGUCACUGUCUUCUUCUGUUUCACUUCAGCAAGCUUGAAUUGAAUCGAUUUUCAAGGGUCUUCGACGUCACCGGGAUGGCAGAGGCACAUCAGGCAGUUGGCUUCCAGUUCACCGUCACCCCAGACGGCAUCGACCUCCACCUGAGCCGCGAGGUACUCAAACACAUCUAUCUGUCGGGAGUGACGUCAUGGAGAAAGCGUGCCAUAAGAUUUAAGAAUGGGAUAUUGACAGGGGUCUACCCUGCCAGCCCAUCCAGUUUGCUGAUCGUGGUGAUAGCCACCAUGAGCACCAUAUAUGCCAGGAUAGACCCAUCACUGGGAAUGAUAGACACCAUCAAGAGGACCAUGUCUGUCAGUGGCUACAUGACAGUGCAGACCCAGACAGUGUUUAGUGCCAUCCUGUUUUCCACAGGGCUGUGGCUCUCUCUCAUCCUCACGCUGAGGUACACUCUCAAGGCCCUUCUCUCCUACCACGCCUGGAUCUUUGAGUCCCACGGCAAAAUUAGCUUCUGCACCAAACUCUGGCUGAGUCUGGUGAAGAUGUUCUCUGGGCGCAGACCUCUCCUCUAUAGCUUCCAGACCUCCCUACCCAGACUACCUGUGCCUCGCGUUGAUGACACCAUAACCAGAUACCUGGAGUCAGUUCGCCCCCUGCUGGAUGAUGAGCAGUACAACCAGAUGGAGGUGGUGGCCAAUAACUUCAAGAAGGACCAGGCACCCAAACUCCAGAAAUACCUCAUCCUCAAAUCCUGGUGGGCUACUAACUAUGUGAGUGAUUGGUGGGAGGAGUACAUCUACCUUAGAGGCAGGAGUCCCAUCAUGGUCAACAGUAACUUCUACGCCAUGGAUCUGCUGUACGUGACUCCCACACACAGACAGGCAGCUCGGGCAGGGAAUGUUGUUCACGCUAUGCUGCAGUACCGCCGCAAACUAGAGAGAGGAGAACAUGCACCGUUGAGGGCUCUGGGGGUGGUGCCCAUGUGUUCUUAUCAGAUGGAGAGGAUGUUCAACACCACACGUAUCCCUGGUAUAGAGACAGACUUUGUUCAGCACCUGAGUGACCGGAAGCACCUGGUGGUGUACCAUAAGGGCCGCUUCUUUAAGGUGUGGCUGUACUACGGGGGACGUCACCUCUGGCCCUCCGAGCUGGAGAUUCAGUUCCAGAGGAUCCUCGACGACACCACCGAGCCACAGCCUGGGGAACUCAAACUGGCUGCCCUCACAGCCGGCAACAGAGUUCCGUGGGCGCGAGCUCGUCUGAAGCACUUCAGCCAGGGUGUUAACAAAGCCUCUCUGGAAGCCAUCGAGACGUCAGCUUUCUUCCUCACCCUUGAUGACGAGGUGCAUGGUUAUGACCCUGAAAAGCUGAGGUCAUUGGACCUGUAUGCCAAGUCCCUGCUGCACGGGAAGUGCUAUGACAGGUGGUUUGACAAAUCUUUCACUCUGAUCGCUUAUAAGAACGGUAAACUGGGGGUUAAUGCAGAACACUCAUGGGCAGACGCUCCCAUUAUAGGACACAUGUGGGAGUAUGUCCUAGCAACGGACUGCUUCCAUCUGGGCUACACAGAGGAGGGGCACUGCAAAGGAGACAUCAGCAACGGCCUGCCUCCCCCCAUCAAACUACAAUGGGACAUUCCACUGGAAUGCCAGGAGGUCAUUGAGGAUUCCUACAUGGUUGCCAAGGUGAUAGCUGAUGACGUGGACUUUCAUGGCUGUCUGUUUGAUGAGUUUGGGAAAGGCCUGAUCAAGAAGAGUAGGACCAGUCCUGAUGCCUUCAUACAGCUAGCACUGCAGCUGGCCCAAUUCAGGGAUAAGGGGGAGUUCUGUCUGACGUAUGAGGCCUCGAUGACCCGGAUGUUCCGUGAGGGUAGGACAGAGACGGUUCGCUCCUGCACCUCAGAGUCCACAGCCUUUGUCAGAGCCAUGGAGGACAAGAGCACUACGAGUGCCCAAAGGUUGGACCUCUUCCGGAAGGCCGCAGACAAGCACCAGAACAUGUACCGUUUGGCCAUGACAGGCUCUGGCAUCGACAGACACCUCUUCUGUCUCUACAUCAUGUCUAAGUACCUCAGCAUCGACUCACCAUUCCUCAAACAGGUGUUGUCAGAACCCUGGAGGUUGUCCACUAGUCAGACUCCUCAACAGCAACUCAACAUGGUCGACAUAAAGAGGUUCCCCAGAUACGUGAGCGCAGGAGGGGGGUUCGGCCCUGUGGCUGAUGACGGCUAUGGCGUCUCUUACAUCAUUAUAGGAGAGAACCUCAUCACAUUCCACAUCUCCAGCAAGUUUUCCAGCCCUGAGACAGACUCGUACCGCUUUGGACAGAACAUUCGACAGGCCAUGUUGGACAUUCGUGCGCUAUUCGACCAAAAAGACAAGAAGGAGAAGGAGAAAGAGAUGUGAUGUGAUGAGUAGACAGACUGGAAGGUCUUUAUAGCCUUCAUACCACAUUUUUGUGCUCUGUGACUUUACAACAUUGUUUCCCAAACGGCUGGUCACGACUAGUCUCUUCUGGGUAACGACUUUAGACUGGGUCAAGUUAUAAAACUUCUGGAUAUCUACUCAGAUAGCAGGAGGAAUAGCUUUGCAGAAAGAAUACAUAUUUAAUAUAGCAUUUUUACUUUUCAGACACUAUCCUUUCUAUAAAAGAGCAGUGAAUUUUGAGUAUAGUUUUGAACCGAUUCUGGCAAGAGCAAUGGAGCACAUAAUGCCUUGGUGGCCAUAUAGAACAAUUGUUAAUCUGAUUUUGAUUGUAGUAGAAUGAUAUAUGAAUGUAGCCUUGUAAGGAUAGGCCACUCAUCUGUUUAGACAGAGGUCAUAGUAUUUGCUUCUGAUUGUAAUAUGUGUACACUUGUAAAUACCACUGUUUUGAGUAUUUUAAGUGUUGUAAUAUAUAAGGUUGUAUAUCUGAAUCUGUUAUGCUUAUGUAUUUGUGUUUAUUAGUAUAUUAUAAUAAAGGAUAUGUUGAUUGUU